GCAAAAUAUCGGUCCCCAUAUAAACAAAUACACUUGCUUUAAAUAUCUUAGGCGUAAUGCAUCUGAGGAGUUAUUAUUAUAUAAGCGUGUCUUGAAUUACAUUACUAGAACCUAUUCCUCGUUCAAAUUUCCCAGUCUUGCACUGUGCAAAUGGCGCGUCUUUUAAGAAUUAAUGGGAAAUAAGGUAUUCGUGGCAGAGGAAUCGAAACUUUUUUUUGUUUAUAAUCAUUACCUAGUAUUUAUAUUCGAAUAUUUAUAACUUUGAAGAUGGCUACAGAAUAUCUUCCAGAUAUGUGCCUUGAUUUUUCAAAACACUGUGCAAAUCCUAGAAGAGAAACAUUUUGAACAUCAACUGAAAGCACGCAAUUCCCGAAACUAUUUAAUUAUGGAGCAAAUUACAGUGGACCUUUCACCAAAAGGAGAUAUGGAUCUGAAUGAGUCAAGCCUAUCAUUUAUUUCCAGCUUAUCAUCUGGUAAAGAUGAGGAUUCAGUUAUUUUACCUGAUACUGUGAAUGUGGAUGUCAAUAAUCACAUCAUUAAAGGAAAUAUGAUGAAAGCUGAUUCAGUAGAUUGUGCGCAAGAUAUAUUCAGCAUAGCCUUUGAUAAAACUGGCUUAAAUGCAGAGCAAACUGAUAGUUUAAUGAACACUUUAUCCUCUGUAGAAAGUACUGCCAAUUUACAAGACUUUGCUAUUGUAAAUAAUUCUGAUCUGACAACAAGUGUUGUGCAAACCACCACCUCUAAUUUUAUCACUUCAGUACCCUGUACUAAAACUGCUGAUUUACCAUCAGCAAAAGUUAAUGUUUCAAAUCUAAAUAAACCUGGUGCAACUCAAGUUCUUAUUUUUCAAAAACCACCUGGGAACUUAUCUACUAUGCUUGUUGGAACCAAAAGUGUUCCUGUUGCAUCAGCAUCAAAUGUUGCUAUUGUACAGACUUCAACAGGUGUUGCAAGUGGUACCAAAAUUUUAACAUUACCAACUCUAAACACUUCAGGAAAUGUGAUUAAUGCAGUAAAUCCAACAUCUGCAGUGAAAACUAAUGAUGUUAAAAUUUUAUUAAGUCAGGUGCCAGGAACAGCAUCAUCUUUUGUAACUGCUAAACCUCUUGUUUCAACAAGUAAUGCCAAUUCAGGGCUUCAGGGUCCUUUAAAGCGGGCAGUAACUCCAUCAACCAGUGGGCAGAUGUUUACAAAAGUUAUCAUCACUAACAAUACAUCGUCCAAUCAGUCACUGGUAACACCUGUUCCAGUGUCAGCUACUGCUACGACACCUAUUGCUGGAACUCAGCCACAAUCGAUUUUAUUAGCAAGUCCAAAUAAAACAUAUACACUUUCCAGAAAUUUAGUAAAUAUCAGUAGUUCUCAACAGAUUCUCAAAGCAGUUCCGGGUACACCUCCAAAACAGUAUGUGUUAUCUCCAGUCAAACCCACACAGAAACUGGCAUAUGCACCAAUUACGUAUUCAAGAUCGCCAAGAAGAAUUGCUCCAGCUACAAAUGCUGCUGUAUCUACUGUAAAUUCUGGUGCAAAAGUAGCUGCUGUUAUGUGUCCAACAACAGUUACGUCAGGAAUUUCUGGUGUUAAAAUGUCUGUCCCUCAAUCACCUACUAAGGUUAUUCUUAAACCGGUCCCUCAGACUGUUUUGAAACCGUUAAUUAGUGGAAGCAAUACAAACUCAAUAUCUGGCACUUUCACAAGUGUUGCUAGUUCAGCUGUUACACCUAUACAGCAAACUACUGUACCUGUAUCUUCUGGACCUGCACCUCAAACAGCUUUGCAAGUUCCAGGAAGUAAAUUUCACUAUGUGAGACUUGUGAGUGCACCUACGACUUCAACUACUACAACAAUGGCAGUAAAAAAGGAAUCUACUCUCAUACCUGUUAGUAGUACAGCAGCCGUAGCUACAAAUGUUGCUGUUACUACAGCAGCUAUACAUACUUCUGCAUCACAGGUUCGUCCAACAGUGCCUAUAGCUCCUGCUAAGUUGGUUGCUCCCAAACAGAUUGGUCCUAAGUUUUUAAUUCCUACUGCAUCGGGUUCCCAAAUACGUGGUGGUAAUACAGUAACUUCUAAUCAGUUGAGUCAGUUACCUGCCGGAACUUUAAUUCCUGUUGGUGGAGGCUCACAAAGUUAUGUAAUGGUUCCAGCUCAGUAUGUCACACAGCUUCAGCAGCCGUCCACUGGGCAAGUGACCGGAACUCAAAUGUUAAAUAUACUUCCUGCACCAGCAGCCCCUAAUUCAGGAACUCAGUCAGCAUAUAUUUCACUUUCAUCUAAUCCUCCUCAAAAUUCUUUCCAGUCUUCAAAUUCCUCAUCAGGUCAUGCUGCUCACCAUUCUCCCAGGCAUGUUAAUGGAAGAGCUCCUGUGGAAAAUGACUCUCGGCCAAGGAAACCAUGUAAUUGUACUAAAUCACAGUGUCUAAAACUAUAUUGUGAUUGUUUUGCAAAUGGAGAAUUUUGCAACAACUGUAACUGUAACAAUUGUUAUAACAACUUAUCUCAUGAAGAAGAAAGGCAAAAAGCAAUCAAAGCCUGUCUUGAUCGUAAUCCACUUGCAUUUCAUCCUAAAAUUGGUAAAAGUCGGGAAGGUGAUCAGGAAAGAAGACAUACAAAAGGCUGUAAUUGUAAAAGAUCUUACUGCCUGAAAAAUUAUUGUGAAUGUUAUGAGGCAAAAAUACUGUGCACAAAUUUAUGCAAAUGUAUUGGGUGUAAGAAUUUUGAAGACAGUUCAGAGAGGAAAACUCUGAUGCAUUUGGCAGAUGCAGCUGAAGUAAGAGUACAGCAACAAGCUGCUGCAAAGACAAAUUUGUCUUCACAGAUUCUUGAUAUCCCUACAAAACCACCUGUUAUGUCAAGAACUGGUGAAAGAUUGCCUUUUGCAUUUGUUACUGAUGAUGUUUUAGAAGCUACUUGUUUGUGUCUCUUGGCUCAUGCCCAUGAUGCUGAGAAAUGCCAUGCGUCUGAAGAGGAAAUUGAAAGAUUAGUUUUACAAGAGUUUGGACGUUGUCUUAUGCGAAUUAUUGAUUGUGCAAACAAGACAAAAGUUUCUAAAAUGGAUGUUCAGUAAUCCAGAAGCAUGUAACUUAUUCCAUGGAGAAGUGUGCAAAGCAAAAAUGCAACUAGUCAUGAAAUUUUUCAUUUAACUGUUAUAAAUGUAUCUUGUAAAUAGCAUUCAUCAAAAAUAUUUUAAAUGUCAUUUUGUAUAUAGAGAGUUGUAUCAUCAUUAUAACAUGUUACAAAAUGCUGAGUUUUAUCCUGUUUUUAAUAUUACUGCUGAUUAAUUUCUGAGAUAAUGCAGAGGUGAAGAAAAUGUGAAAGAUGUAGAUUUAUAGUCACAAGUUAUAUAUUUGCUUUAUUUAGUAUUUUACAGUGAUUGAGCAGUUUUAAAGGUUUUGGACAAAUGAAUUUUAAUGUUAUUUAUAAAUUAUUAUUAACUUCAAAAAAUGCAUGUUUUGUUUGCACCAUACUUAAAGAGAUGAACGCUAAAAAUUAAAAUGUGAAAGAUAUAUUUGUUAUUCUACUUCCUGUAUCAGAAAUGAGAAAAAUGCUGCAUUUAAUCCUCCUUCCAGUUCUUAUUGUAUUGUAACCAAUUUCGUGGAUUAGGUGUUAAUUUGCAUGAUUUAAAACACACUUGAACUUUCAGAUUUUAUAUUUAUUUGAGUAAAAUUAAUUAUUUUAAAUUAAAGCUAGUGUUCAGUUUAAAUCUUAUUUUUUCAAUAUUUUCAUAUAUCCUAAAGUCAUGCCCCCUUUUUUAUUUAGAUGUGUACAUUCUCUCCCUCUUCCCCCCCCCAUACAUUACAGCAGUUCUACAGCACAUUACAAAUGUGUACAUUUUUUAAUUCUUUCAUUUAAAAACUAUUCCCAUUUUCGAUAUAUAUAUGUAUUAAGACACAAUAAC